UAGAUUACAGCUGUAAUCCAUAGAUUUUUGUCGCCAUAAACGACGAAAGAAUCAGCUUCUGGGAAGAUGCAACAAUUCACUUUAGAUAAUGCAAUGUGAUUUUACCAACGAACGCGCAAAAAUCAAUUACUUAAAUUCUUAGUGGAAAAAAAAAGGAGUUCAAGCAAGACAAGAAAAAAAAAAAAAAAAAAAAAAUUUGAUCAACUAAAUCAUGGCAAAAGUAUUAGUCAGAAUCACUUGUUGAAGAAACUUCGUUUGACUGUGCAUUGAGGAGAGGAAAAGAAGGAAAAAGCUCUCUUCCAGAGACUGAAAAAGAAAUGGCAGAGACGUUCUUGAGCCCUAUCAUUGAGAAGCUGCUUCAGCUACUGACUGAAGAGGCAAAAUCAUUGAAAGGAGUCGGCAGAGAAGUUGAGAGUUUGAAAGAUGAACUGGAGAUCAUCCAACCUUUCCUUCGAGAUGCGGAGGCUAAAUCGGAGAAAGGAGAAGUGAACGAUGCUGCGAAAGUAUGGCUGAAGCAAAUAAGAAAGCAAGCGGAUCGCAUUGAAGAUGUGGUUGAUGAGUACCUUUAUCAUGUUGAACAACAUCGCCAUCAAAGAGGAUUUAUCGGAUCUUUGCGUAAAGCCGGUCACUACAUUAAAGCUUUGAAACCGGUUUAUGACAUAGCUUCAGAGAUUAAAGAUAUUAAAGAGUCAUUGCGCGAAAUCAAGGACAGAGGUGUUGGCUAUGGAUUAAGACCUCUGGAACAUGGAUCGAGUAGCAGAUCAAUUGAUGUUGAACGACGAGACCCUCGCUUAGGAUCGCUUUUCAUGGAGGAAGACGAAAUUGUUGGUAUUGAUGGGGCAUCCAAGGAACUUAUAAGAAGGUGGACUGAAGGACCAUCCAUGCGAUCAGUGACUUCGUUGGUAGGUCAAGGUGGAAUUGGCAAGACGACUCUUGCUAGGAAAGUCUACAACGAUGCAGCGGUGAAAGCUCACUUUGAUUGUUGUGCCUGGAUCACAGUGUCUCAGUCAUACGACAUGAAGAAGCUUCUGAGGAUCACACUAAGGCAAGUAGGCGGAGCAGGGGAGAGAAUAGAGGAAGAUUGUGCGGAGGAAGAGUUAAUAAGUCUAUUGAGGCACCAUCUACAAAAACAGAGGUACGCCAUUGUUUUUGAUGAUGUUUGGAAAAAGGACUUUUGGGAAGUUAUGAAACACGCUUUGCCAAAUAAUGAUAAGGGCAGUAGGAUAAUUAUCACAACACGAAAUGUCGUCGUUGCUAAUCUUUGCAACGAAAGUUGUUUUGAUCUUGUCCAAGAGCUACAAACUUGGUCUCCAGAAAUGGCUUGGCAGUUAUUUUGCAAGAAGGCAUUCUGCAAUGACAAGUCUGUCGGGAGUUGCCCUCAAGAGCUAGAGCAAUUGUCUCGUGAGAUUAUUAGCAAAUGCCUAGGCUUGCCGCUUGUUAUUUCGACCAUAGGUGGUCUUUUGUCGACUAAAGAGAGAGUUUACUCUGAAUGGAGUAAGGUGCUCAACAAUCUUAAUUCGGAGUAUGAAAGAACUGAUAUUCCGAAAAUAACUGAUAUUCCGAAAAUUCUUUCCCUAAGUUUUCUUGAUCUACCUUACCACCUCAAGCCUUGCUUCUUAUAUUUUGGCAUCUUUCCUGCAGACCAUAGAAUUACUGACAGAGUUUUAUAUAAGUUGUGGAUUGCUGAAGGUUUUGUUAGAAAAGGAAAGAACAAGACAUUAGAAGAAGUUGCUGAAGAAUACUUGGACGAGCUCAUCCAAAGAAGCUUGGUUUUGUUUGAAGUAAAAAAUGGAGUAGAUAGAUUAUGUAAAGUUCAUGAUUUGAUGCAUGAUAUCAUCUUAACAAGAGCUGGUGAAUUGUGCUUUUGUCAAACUUUAAGUGAAAGUAAGUCUAGUCUUAGUGAAAGGAUCCGUCGACUGUCAAUUCAUCAUACAACGGAAACUGUUUCUGAAAUGGUGAGAGAUUACAGGAUUCGAUCUGUCUUUCUCUUUGACAUUCAUAAAUGUUCCAAGUCAUUCCUAUCCUAUUUGUUUGAGAAUUUCAAACUUUUGAAAAUAUUGGAUCUUCAAGACGCUCCUCUUGAUAAUCUUCCAGAAGAAAUAGGGAAUUUGUUCCACUUGAGGUAUUUGUAUCUACAAGGUACAAAGGUGAAAGUGCUUCCGAAGUCGAUUGGUAAGCUACGCAAUCUGCAAACAUUGGAUAUCACUGAUACCUUAGUGCGAGAGCUACCACUUGAGGUUAAUAAACUAAGAAAUUUACGACAUCUUAUCGCUCUCUCUAUUAACAAAGAUAUUGGAUUCAGUUUGGACACGUAUUACGGUGUGGGGAUAAGAGAAGGAAUCGGGAGGUUGGAGGAGUUACAAACACUAUCUCGUGUGGAAGCAUACCCUGACAGAGUUGGUUUCAUGAAAGAGCUACAGAAGCUGAAAAAUUUGAAAUAUUUGGGCAUUUUAAAAGUUACAGCAGAAAUGGGGAAGGCUCUGGGAGUGUCCAUUGAGAAAAUGAACCACCUUGAGGAGUUUUCAUUGACCUCAAUCAAUGAGGAUGAAGUUUUAGAUUUGAAUAACAUUUCGUCUCCUCCUCCUUUUUUGCAUUGGCUCCAAUUGACUUGUCGGCUACAACACUUGCCGAGUUGGAUUUCAAAGCUACACAAUCUAAAGGGGUUAGAGUUAAAUUUCUCCAGAUUAACCGACGAGCCACUAAGAUGCCUCAAAGUUUUGCCCAAUUUGGCAUUCCUUGACAUGUUCGAGGCAUAUGAAGGAGAGGAAUUGCAUUUCGAGGAAGGUGGUUUUCAAAAACUCAAGGAACUUAAAUUAUAUAAUUUGGAAGGACUAAAGGUGGUGAAAAUAGACAGAGGAGCACUGCCUCUUCUUGAAAAAUUGGUGUUUGUGUCAUUCCCACUAAUGAAGGAAAUGCCUCCUGGUAUUCAACACCUAACGAACCUCAAAUACCUUAAAAUUAGGGGCAUGCCAAGGGAGUUUGUGGUUCGUUUACAACCGGAUGAAGGCGCUGAUUACUGGAAAGUUCAGCAUGUACCGCAUGUGGAUUCAUCACUAUAAGCAAGAGCGAGCAAGUUGCCUAGCAAUGUCAAGUUACACAAGCGUAUUGUUCAGCUCAACUGCUAUUCCCGCUUCAUGGAGUCCGAGGGAAUUAAUUAGCUCAAACAGGGCCGGGAAUUUAUCAAUUCUCCUCAGUCAUUGUGUUAUGAAGUCUGCAAAUUAUUUACUUUCAGUUUAGUGUUUUUAUGGAUAUGAACUCUUAUUUUUCUUUUAGUUUGGUAUGUUUGUUUAAUAAUGAUGAGCACAUAAAAGGAUUGCUCAGAGAAGGCAAAGUAUUUGUCUUUUCUCUUCAGACGUGAUUUAAGCUGUUGAAUUUGCACAGCUGUUUGUAUGAUCAAGCACUUAUGUAGUUAUUUUAUUUUGUGAUGCAUAAUGCUAUUAGCAUGGCCAGUUUUCCAAAUU